AUGGCUGAAGCGGUGAAGUUUGAGAAGUUUGAUGCCUCGGUUAACGAGCAUGGAGUUUGCCGUGCAGUUUCCCUCAGCUUCGUGGCACAUGUUCUUGGCUGCGAGGAAGAGGAAGGAGAAGUCUGUGUGCCCAUGCCAUCCUCCGGCUACCUUCCCGACGAAGUGGAAGCCUUGCAGAAGUGGAGGGCAGAUGAGCUCUACGACGAGUCUGACUUUGUCAAGGACCUCACGGAGCUGCGUGCGCCAGCACCCAUUCUCAUGAGCAGCUUUGGGGACAAGCUUGCCUUGCACGAAAUGAUCUCUGAAAAGGUGGAUGGCUGGGACGCAGCCAUGGCUAAAGUCGGCCCGCAGCUCGAGCUCGGAGACCAGAAGUAUGCUUUCGUGUUUUCGUUCUACUACCUGAAGCUGGACGGCCGACGUGAGGGGAGACAUGCCAUUGCUGUAGAUACAUCUGGAAGGGAAGGCCACUACCAUGUCAUGGAUCCUAAUCAGGGAGUGUGGCAAUUCGACAGCAUCGGUGCCUUAGUCCGUUGGUUGCGGCAUGGGGCAGAGCUGGUCGCCGGCAAACGUGUCCACGCAGUACGCUUAGUGAGGGCGGCAAAAGUCUAG